AGAGGGAGGGAAAAGGAAAUACUCUGUGACAGAGGCAGGGACCGUAGGACCGAGUGGUUGAUUGUCACGUCCGGAGGUUUCCUUCCCAGGCCCUGCCCAGGUAGGAGCAGAAAACUUGCCAGCACCUGUGGGCUCGCGGGGCGGGGCAUGGUGGCCAGAGAUCACGGCCCUCACCAUGCCCACACACUCCCCUGAAUCAAUUUUGGAAGACUUUGAGUACGAUGAGUCUGCUGAAGCCUGUGAUAUGGGGAACAUCGUGGCCUUUGGGACCGUCUUCCUGUCCAUACUCUACUCCCUUGUCUUUGCCUUUGGCCUGCUGGGAAAUUUGCUGGUGGUGUUUGCCCUCACCAAUAGCCAGAAGCCCAAGAGUAUCACUGACAUUUACCUCCUGAACUUGGCCUUGUCUGAUCUGCUCUUUGUAGCCACCUUACCCUUCUGGACUCACUACCUAAUAAGUGAACAAGGCCUUCACAAUGCUGUGUGCAAACUCACCACCGCCUUCUUCUUCAUUGGCUUUUUUGGAGGCAUAUUCUUUAUCACUGUCAUCAGCAUUGAUAGGUACCUGGCCAUUGUCCUAGCGGCCAACUCCAUGCACAACCGGACCGUGCAGCAUGGCGUCACUAUCAGCCUAGGUGUCUGGGCGGCAGCCAUCUUGGUGGCAGCACCUCAGUUCAUGUUCACAAAACAAAGAGAAAAUGAAUGCCUCGGUGACUACCCUGAGGUCCUGCAGGAUCUCUGGCCUGUGCUCCGCAACGUGGAGGCAAAUUUGCUUGGCUUCUUGCUACCCGUGCUCAUUAUGAGUUACUGUUACUUCAGAAUCAUGCGGACACUGUUUUCCUGUAAGAACCAUAAGAAAGCCAAAGCCAUCAAACUGGUCUUUCUGGUGGUCAUCAUGUUUUUCCUCUUCUGGACACCCUACAAUAUCAUGAUUUUCUUAGAGACUCUUAAUCUCUAUAACUUCUUUCCCAGUUGUGACAUGAAGAGGGAUCUGAGGUUGGCCCUCAGUGUGACCGAGACAAUUGCGUUUAUCCACUGUUGCCUCAAUCCAUUUAUCUACGCAUUUGCUGGAGAGAAGUUCAGAAGAUACCUUAACCACUUAUAUCGGAAAUGUCUGGCUGUCCUGUGUGGCCAUCCUGUCCACGUCAGUUUCUCCCCGACUGAAUCACAAAUGAGCAGGCGGGAAAGCAUUUUGAGCAGCAAUUUUACCUACCACACCAGUGACGGAGAUGGGUCCAUCCUUCUCUGAAAGAAGGAAUACCCAAAGUCUUAUCUCUUGAUGAACUGAAUGCCCCAAAACAACCCCAAAGCAUUUUUGAGAAUGUAAGAAUGUCCUUAACUGCAAAUGCCAGGGCUUUUUGUUUACAAAUGAUAAAAAUUUAACUCAGACUACCUUAACGAAAGAGGAGGUGGGGAGUAUUAUUCAUAUGGUGGCUUGCGCAAGAGAGUGGCUGUGCCCUCAAAGUAGAAACUAGGGCUUGAGUCCAGCAAGAAUUUCCUCUCUCUGGCUCUCAGCUCUCUGAGUGGUGACACAGCUUAGCCAAUAAUGAGACACUGAGACCCAUCCCUCUCUGGUCCCAAGGUUAAAAUUCCCAGGGAAGGGUUUUCAUUGGCCAAGUCUGAAUCAGAUGUCCAUCCCCAGACCAGAUUGUAUCCAUGCGGGGAGAAUAGAUAAUAUGGCAGCUUCCAUUCCAAUCUCAUGGUUAAAAGUGCAGAGAGACAUAGUUCCAAGAAGCUGGAGGGCUGGGUGCUUUUUUGAUCUGAUAGAACAAGAGCUGCCCAUCAACCUAUAUGUCUGGGCCAACCUCCUCACUGAUCACACCAGCCAGCACACAUUGCCAAUCUCCUCUCCCUGAAGCCCCUUUCUAUCAUGCCCCCAAACUUACAAUGGUUGCCCAGUGCCUACUGCAUCAAAUUUGAGAUCCUCCAUCAUGCAGUCCCACCAACAGAUUUCCCAUUUCUUCCCCUUUCUGAAAGAAUCCCUCCUCUCAGCCAGCCAGGUCUCUUCCAUCCAGCCAUAUGCAUCAUCACCUGCUUCCAGACCCAGGAAGAUAAAUAGAAAGAACCCUGGCCCAAACUAAAAAGGGAUGGCUUCCAUUCCCAGCUCAACACUUGGCCCACUGAGUAGCUUGAAGACAGCCCAGCUUCAGCUUCCUCAUCUGCAGAAUGGAGAUAGAGGUGCUUUUCACAUAAGGAGCAUCCUUCCCAGCAUGAGGAUUCAGCCACCAACUCUUGCAGGUCCCAUCCCUCUUAUCUGGUUCCCAGACUUCAGCUUUCCCCUCUAUCUGGCACAGUGCUUAAGGGGCAGUGUUGGCAGACUUGGCUGUGUUAUUCGAGGGAGCUCAGAUACAGAGGAGGCUGGUUCCUACAGUGGCACUCAAUGGACAGUCCUGGAUAUAUAAAUUGAUGGUCCUCCCUGACCCAGCCCUCCAGACUUCCUUGAAUGUUCUUUCCAAUUGCCUUGUGGCAAGCCCCUUCCCAUCUGGAGAGAACCUCCAUCAUUCAUGCCACUACCAACCUGGAGAGCCAGGGUCCCAGGAGCAGCUUUCUCCCCUUUUCAGUAGACAUCUGGGUUGGUCUAAUACUUUAGAGCUUGAAAAACAAUUGUAAUGCUAAAUAGAAUGUCACCUAUAACCUAAGCAUGUAAUACCUUCAUUUGUUCACCCAGAACUUGUUCACACUUUCACAUGUUUAGAGUUGAAAGCAUCAUGUACAGACUGUUUUGUAAUCUGCUAUUUUUCUCUUAACAUUAGACCACAAAUAGUUCUGUUUCUGUAUAGUUUUUAAUGAUGGCUUUAGAAGGCUCUGUCAGGUUGUGUACUCAUUGAAGGCAACUGACUCAUCGCUGUAUUUCUGACACCCUCUUGGCAAAGUCAGUAAGUUGGUUUAAACGAGAGAAUGAAUUAUGUUCCAUCAAGAUCAAGUACUGUAAUUUACUCACCAUUAUCCUUUGAUAAACUUGUUUCCAAUAUUUAACAAAUACAUAUUACAGCACUUAUGUCUAUGUAAUUCCUUUUCUCCUCUUCAAUGAUUUCCUUUGGAUAGAUUAUUCAUCAUGGGGGUCACUGGGAUGAAGGCACAGGAAAUGUUUGGCUUUGGACACAUACACACAAAAUUAUUAUGAAAUCAUUAUUGCACAAAAAUUAUAUACAUUAUGUGGGCUCAGAUCCAGAGUUGUUCCAAAGAUGAGUAAGGCCUCUGCCUGCCUUGAUUUAACAUUCAGGUGCAGAACAGAGAAGUGCAUUAAUUGGUCACAGAGGAGCAGUCAGACCUGAGUCUUUAAGGGUAAGGAGCUCUCCUGACAAUGGAGGAGAUGGCAUUCUAGGCUCAGUGAAUGGCAUAUGUAAAGGGGGUAUAUGAGAGCAUGGGGAUCUUAAGAUGUAAGAAAAGCAUGUGAAUACUGAAAUGCAUUAGGAGCAGAAUGGGUGGGAAGACUCUUCUGGAACAUUGGCUCAAACAACUAACAGAGGGGCAUAUUCUCUUCAGGCUAUCUACAGGUUUGUUCCGUUAUCACUUAAACCUCAUUGCAACUGCUGAAUCAUAAAACUUUAAAUAAAUUUUAGCUUAUUUCUGGACUCCCAAGAAAAGAGGGAAAAAUUCUUUGGGCUUGAAAAAAUCAAAGUAGAGAGAUAAGUGCUUUCAUUUCUAAAUGGAAAUUAAAUUUGUAUCAUAAGAAACAUUCAGUCAGUCAUUUUGCUGAAUAAGACAGAGAAAGGAAGAAAUAGGGACGUUCAUUGAAAACCUUAAAUAGCAAUGAUGCUGGUGGCUAAAGGAAGGCACAUUUGAAAAAGACAGUUGGUCCUAAGAGCACAGCUGGAUCAGACCCACUACUGUUUCUGAGUUCCAGGCUUCCCAAAAGCAGAGGGAAAUGGACUCCAAAGGCAGAGAGAGAUCUGUGAUUGUGUCCCAACAUAUUAACUCUGUGAGCUUGGGCAAGUUACUUGACACCUCUGAGGCUCAGUUUUCUCAUCUGAAAAAUAAGAACAAAAGUAGUGCCUACCACCUAGGAUUAUUGGAAGAUUUAGUAAGAUUGCCUUCACAAUGCUCACCAAGCUCACCUGGCAAAGCAAGGUCAAAUAAACGGUGGUGACAACUGUUGGAUAUUUCCCUCUUCUCUUUCUUCUCCUCCUUCUCCUCGUCCUCCUCCUUCUCCGCUUUUUUCCUUCUCCUCCUUCUUCUCCUCCUCCUCCCUCUCCUUCAGUUGAAACUUUCCCAGUGAAGAAAUGCAUACUUUCUUACUCUUGCCUCUGGGACUCUUAGUCCCAGAAUAACAGAAUUGUAGGUGUCAGUGGGAGACAGGAGACCCAGAUGAGGCCGGAGGCUUGUCCAAGAUCAUGCUAGGAAUUAACGAAAGAGGUAGAUCCUUUGACACUCUAUCUACUGAUUUUUUUUUUCAUCUUGAUAAAAAUAGAACCCAAUCCUAUUAUCUGCGGUUGACAAUGUUGUAUUGUAUAUUUAAAAGUUCCUAAGAGAGUAGAUUUAAAAAUUCUGAUGACACACACAAAACUAAAACUAUGUAAGGUGAUAAAUGUCUAAACUAACCUUAUUGUGGUAAUCAUUUUGUAACA